CUGAAGCAGGGACCCUGGUCUGCUGAGUGCCUGGCUCUCCCAGCGAAGGCUUCCAGUCUGGCGAGCGGGUCCCUACCCCUCUGUGCGGUCGCCAUGGACCUGUCUUUAAGCCGAGCUGACUAUAUCCAGGUGGGAGUGACCUCUCAGAAGACUAUGAAGUUGCUUCCUGCCUCAAGACAAAGAGUCAUGCAAAAGGUGGUUGUUGGAGAUCAAGAUGGCGUCGUGCUGUGCUUCGGCAUGAAGAAAGGAGAGGCCGUGCCAGUGUUCAAGACUUUACCGGGGCAGAAGAUUUCGAGGCUGGAACUAGGAGGGGUUCUCAACACACCCCAGGAGAAAAUUUUCCUGGCUGCAGGCUCUGAGAUUAGAGGCUUCACAAAGAGAGGAAAACAGUUUCUCACCUUUGAAACAAACCUCACUGAAAGCAUUAAAGCCAUGUACAUAUCCGGCUCUGACCUCUUUCUCAGUGCGAGCUACAUCUAUAAUCAUUACUGUGAUUGCAAAGACCAACAUUAUUACCUCUCUGGGGACAAAAUCAAUGAUGUCAUCUGCCUUCCCGUUGAAAGGUUAUCCCGCAUGACUCCAGUGUUGGCCUGCCAGGAUAGGGUGCUCCGAGUUUUACAGGGAUCCAAUGUGAUGUACGAAAUUGAAGUUCCUGGUCCACCCACUGUCUUAGCCCUGCAUAAUGGAGAUGGCGGUGACUCCGGAGAAGACCUUGUAUUUGGCACAUCGGACGGAAAGCUUGGGCUUGUUCAAAUCACCCCAUCUAAGCCAAUACACAAGUGGGAACUUCGAAAUAGCAAAAAGCGUGGAGGUAUCUUGUGCGUUGACAGCUUUGACAUCAUGGGUGACGGGGUUAAAGACCUACUCAUUGGGAGAGAUGACGGGACCGUGGAAGUGUACAGUUUUGAGAAUGCAAAUGAACCUGUGCUACGAUUUGAUCAGAUGCUGUCUGAAAGCGUCACAUCCAUCCAGGGUGGCUGCAUAGGGAAAGAUGGUUACGAUGAAAUCGUGCUGGCCACAUAUUCAGGCUGGAUCACAGGGCUGACAACGGAGCCCACUCAUAAGGAGAGUGGGCCAGGAGAAGAGCUAAAACUUAAUCAGGAAAUGCAGAAUAAAAUUGCUUCCUUACGGAGUGAGUUAGAGCACCUGCAGUUUAAGGUACUGCAGGAACGAGAAAACCACCAACAGUCUUCUCAGUCGAGCAAAGCAAAGUCAACAGUUCCUUCAUUUAGUAUAAAUGACAAGUUUACACUGAAUAAAGAUGAUGCCAGCUACAGCCUCGUCCUAGAGGUGCAGACAGCGAUAGAUAAUGUCUUAAUACAGAGUGACGUCCCAAUAGAUCUGCUUGAUGUGGAUAAGAACUCUGCUGUGGCGAGCUUUAGCAGCUGUGACACAGAGUCAAGCGACAAUUUUCUUCUUGCCACUUACCGGUGUCAGGCAAAUACCACCAGGCUGGAGCUCAAGAUUCGCUCAAUUGAAGGCCAGUAUGGCACACUGCAGGCGUACGUGACUCCGAGAAUUCAACCAAAAACCUGUCAGGUCCGCCAGUACCACAUCAAACCACUAUCACUGCAUCAAAGAACUCACUUUAUUGACCACGACAGACCCAUGAACACGCUGACUCUAGCAGGCCAGUUCAGCUUCGCUGAGAUUCACUCCUGGAUGGUGUUCUGCCUGCCUGAAGUUCCUGAAAAGCCUCCAGCAGGAGAAUGUGCGACAUUUUACUUCCAGAAUACCUUUCUGGAUACACAACUCGAAUGCGUAUACAGGAAAGGAGAAGGAGUUUUUAAAUCUGACAACAUUUCUACAAUAUCCAUCCUAAAAGAUGUGCUUUCUAAAGAAGCUACAAAAAGGAAAAUUAAUCUCAACAUAUCAUACGAGAUAAACGAAGUGUCAGUCAAGCACACUCUAAAGCUCAUCCACCCAAAGCUGGAGUAUCAGUUGCUUCUGGCUAAGAAAGUGCAGCUGAUUGAUGCCUUAAAGGAAUUGCAGGUUCAUGAAGGAAAUACGAACUUCCUGAUUCCAGAAUACCGCUGUAUUCUAGAAGAGGCAGAUCACCUUCAAGAAGAAUACAAAAAGCAGCCUGCACACCUUGAAAGGCUCUAUGGUAUGAUUACUGAUCUUUUCAUAGAUAAAUUUAAGUUCAAAGGCACAAACGUAAAAACUAAAGUGCCUGUUCUACUGGAGAUUCUUGACAGCUAUGACCAGAAUGCAUUGAUUUCUUUCUUCGAUGCCGCAUGAAGGAUGAACAAGGCUGUGAAAUACUUGACUUAGUGCUGUAGACUGGCCAGCGAAGUAAGCAGAGCUCGCUCAGACUGCAGGGAUCCCGGAUGGACGUCCUGGAUGUAACCAGAUGAGCUUUAAAGUGUUCAAGUGAAGAGUGAUGGCAG